UUGGCAUUUUGACCACAGCUGUGUUUUGAACACACUUAGCCUAACUAUUAUGCACUGUGGUUUGCUUAGAGGUGUUAAUGAUUAGACACGCCAACAAUUAUCAAGUAUAAGCAACGUUACGUUAACAUAUCACAUCAUCACACAUGGGCUCAUUUUGCAGAAGAAAAACAAUGCCUCCAAAGAAAAAAGUGAGAAAAAGAACAAUCAAUUCAGAUGGAAAUGCUGAAGACAAGGUCGACUCAUGUCCAAAACCAAGCCUCAAGAGGAAGGCUUCUUCGUCUGUGGAGGCUUCGAAGGAGUCGAGCACCGAGCAGUAUUGUCGCUGGCUCAUGAAAUCUGAACCCGAGAGCCGCUUUCAGAAAGGCAUUGAUGUCAAGUUUGGGAUUGAGGAUUUGAAGGCUUUGCCCAAUCAGACCAGUUGCUGGGACGGCAUCCGCAACUAUCAGGCACGGAACUUCAUGCGUCAAAUGAAAGAGGGGCAGUUGGUUUUCUUCUACCACAGCAACUGCAAGGAACCCGGAAUAGUAGGAAUAAUGAAAAUAGUGAAGGAAGCGUAUGUGGACCACACUCAGUUUGACAAGAAAGAUGUUCAUUUUGAUGCCAGCAGCAAACAAGAAAAUCCCAAAUGGAGCAUGGUGGAUGUGCAGUACCAAAGAAUGCUGAAGCGUUUUCUUCCUCUGGCUGAGCUCAAACAGUACCACUUGCAGCACAGAGCCAAGGGGGGCCCUCUGAAGGACGCCAUGCUCUUGACCAGGAUCAGGCUGUCGGUGCAGGCUCUCACCACUGCACAAUUCGACUUUAUUCUGAGCUUGGAGGACCAAGAACCGCUGUGACUGUGCUCCGUGAUGGGGUGAAAUAAUCUUUAGUUUAUAUACACAGUAUAUCAUGGUAUUUAUUUGUUCAUUGUAAAAUGUUUGGGGUCAAAAGAUAACACUACGACAAAAGAAAA